AUAUUCGAACAAAACCGGAAAACGAUCUGCACGCUAGCUGCGCAUGCUCGCCAAUGUUCUGCCGCAAUUAGGAAAAAAAACUGUUUUCAACACUUAUUAUUGAAUUCUCGAGAACUAAAUCGAUUUCGGCGGAUUUUUAACAAUUAUAAUUACAAGCGAUCUUAUUUAAGAAAUAACCUGUACCUUGGGCAUGUUUUGAUUUAAUCAUUGAAUUGGGUACAAUACGCUGAAGAAGUUGUUAUCACAGGUUGGUUACAUUGUUUAUUACUAGAACAUAUCUCAUGGGUAAUCAGUCCCUUGCAGAAAUGAUUGAUUUUGCAUUAAAGUAAAAAUCUGUAUAUACGCGUUCCUGAGAUUAAACGAUAACUGACAAAAGGAUUGACCUAAAUAUUUCUUGUCAAGCCCAUGACACAAGCAUCAGACCUUUAACGUUUACCUAUUUCUUAUUAACAUUUUCAAAAAUUAUAACACGAUCUUCUAUAAAUGAUAUAUUUCGAGUACGAGAGUCACGAGUUACCGUGACCUGAUUUCAUUGAACUGGGGAAUAAAGCGUUAAGCCAGAUGAUAAAUAUAGCGUAAUUAAUAAACGAUAUACCUAUGGAAUAAUAAAUAUGGAAACAAUACUUGACUGUGGUUUUUAAAGAAUUAAACAUAUUAAAUAGUAGAAAUUAGGCUCAUUCACCUGUUGUCUUAAAUUCUAUACUUUUUAAAUAUUAAAGGUGAUAUUUAUUUAUAGUAUUGUAAACCCUAAAUGAACAAAAAUAAAAGUCCACAUAUUUGUAGCUGGAUAAUAUGUUUCCUCUUGCUAGGUUAUUGUUGCUAUCGUUCUACUUAGAAGUGGUUGGUAAAGGGUUAAUAAAAGUAAUUGCCUUUCGUAUGGUUACUUGAUACGUUCUUUACGUAAUAAUGCAUUAAAAAAUGACAAGUCUUUAAAUGUGCAUCUAAAACAGGAUCUCCAAAAUACUAAAAACGAGAAAUUUAGAAUAUGAGAUAGUCAAAUAACCACUACGCUGUCUAUUCAUAAGUUUCAGAUAAGCGACUUGAAGUAAAAAGGAUAAUAAAGCGGAAAUAUAAUAAAAAAGAAGGGAAAUAAUGAGUUUUACUAGCGACGAGGUAAACUUUCUUGUAUAUCGGUAUUUACUUGAAUCGGGAUUCAAGCACUCGGCUUAUACAUUUGGGAUCGAAUCGCAUAUAUCGCACAACAACGUUUUAAAUGGCGCCCAAGUUCCACCAGCAGCCCUACUUGCCGUCAUACAAAAGGGAAUACAAUACACAGAGGCAGAAAUAUCAAUUGGGGAAGACGGCUCAGAAAGAGUGAUCGAAUCAUUGACACUUAUUGAUGCUGUCAUGCCCGAUCAGAUAGAACAGAGAAAACAGCAAGCUGCCGCUCGAUCAAAACCAACUGAAAAUUUAGAAAUGUCCAAUAAUGCGUCAACGUCUACUGUUUUUGGCGAUCAUGCAGUAAAGAAUGAAGAACCUCCUAGUAAUAACGGCCCUUCAACCGUAAACGAUACUAUGGAAGUUGACUCUUCUUAUGAAAUUCCCCAAUCUAAGGCAACAACAUUGAGAGGUCAUGACAGUGAGGUGUUUAUAUGCGCUUGGAACCCAACAAGCGAUCUCUUAGCUUCAGGAUCUGGAGAUUCAACUGCUCGUAUAUGGAAUAUGAAUGAGGGAGGCGGUAACGUCCAUCUCACAUUGCAACACUGCAUUCAGAAAGGCGGUACAGAAGUACCAAGCAACAAAGACGUUACUUCUUUGGAUUGGAAUUGUGAUGGGUCUCUCUUAGCAACUGGCUCAUAUGAUGGUUUUGCCCGAAUAUGGAAUACCGAGGGUCAUUUAGUUAGUACACUGGGUCAACACAAAGGACCUAUCUUCGCUCUCAAAUGGAACAAGAAGGGUAAUUAUAUAUUAAGCGCUGGUGUGGACAAGACAACUAUCAUAUGGGAUGCCCAAACCGGACAAUGUAACCAACAAUUCUCUUUUCAUUCCGCUCCGGCGUUGGACGUCGAUUGGCAGGGUAAUCAGAGUUUCGCCUCCUGCUCCACCGAUCAAUGCAUACAUGUCUGUAAAUUAGGGACUGAUAGACCUAUAAAGACAUUCCAAGGUCAUACUAAUGAAGUCAAUGCUAUUAAGUGGGAUCCUCAAGGUUCUUUGUUAGCUUCUUGUUCGGACGAUAUGUCUUUGAAGAUAUGGAGCAUGAAUAGAGAUAAAUGGGUUCAUGAUUUACAAGCACAUAAUAAAGAAAUAUAUACAAUCAAAUGGAGCCCUACAGGACCCGGUACAAAUAAUCCUAACGCUCAAUUAAUUCUAGCCAGUGCCUCAUUCGAUUCUACUGUAAGAUUAUGGGAUGUCGACCGAGGAACUUGUAUACAUACAUUAACCAAACAUCAAGAACCUGUUUAUUCUGUAGCCUUUAGUCCGGAUGGCAAAUACUUGGCCUCUGGUUCAUUUGAUAAAUGCGUGCAUAUAUGGAAUGUACAAAGUGGAAAUUUAGUUCAUUCCUAUCGGGGAACUGGAGGUAUUUUUGAAGUUUGUUGGAACCAUAGAGGAGAUAAAGUUGGGGCUAGUGCAUCGGACGGAUCGGUGUUUGUUCUUGAUUUACGAAAGUGAGACUGGUUUCUGACUCAUCUGGUCUCUAACCCCCAACCAUAAAGCCGCGAAUAGGAUCUCAAGCGAAAAAAAACGACUGUGCAUAAUGAGAAACUGUAGGUUUAUUGACGAGCUUAAUUGAUUACAGAACCAAACGUUUGUGAUUCAUACGUGUGCGAAAAACGAAAAAAAUUAUUAAAAUCGUCUUGUCUAUUCUGUAUAUGUGUUUAAUAAAAAAAAACAGUAACAAAAACUUUGGCAAAGUUGUAACGGCUUUGCAAAAGUCAAGCAAUAAAAUGAAACGUGACUAGCAAACGGAGGCUUUUCUUAGCCGUCAUUUCCGUGAAGUCUAUUAAGAACAUCAAUGUCUAAAUUGUCAUCGAAUUCAUCGUCGCCAAAAUCGCUUUUGUUGAUAGACCGCAGCAUCUGACGUUUUUCUUCUGGAUCUUUGCAUGCUCUAACGAUUUUCGCCAAUUCCUGCUGAUUAUAUUCUACUAAAAAUUUCUGACAAGAUCUCAUGGAACCGGCACAAUGUAAAGUUCGAAAUAUUGCUGGAACGUUUUCAACUUUUUUAAUAAAAAACAUUGCCGCUUGCACCAUAUCCUUCAUAUCUCUCUUACAUCUAAUCUUAGCUAUUCGUGUGUAAGGAUUGACAUACUUUACUCUUAAAUUCGUUUUUAUCGAUCCAUACCCGUAGUCACCGAAAUUCUCUUUUAAGGCUUCUAAUAGGCAUUUAUAUAUCAUUUUACCAUUUAAAUUUUGGUCAUAUAAUCUGCCAUCGGCAAAAUUAACUUCAGCCACAAGAUAUCUGUGCUUGAAGCGAACCAUGUUUAUAAAAAAAAUAGGAAACAGAUGUCGCUAGGUGUUUCCGUCGUC